AUAAAGCUAUAUAGAAUUAGCAAACAAUAUGUUGCACACCAUUUCAAUAUUGCCAACUCCUACCUACAAUAAUAGGCCACUAGGACAUGUGUCCACGUGUCACGAUCUUCACCGUUCAUCGCCAUCAUUAGUAGCUUUUCCAGUUACUAUUACUCAUCAACGUCGUCUUCGGUCUUUGUUUUUCCCCAUUAUAAAAUGCCAUAAUAAUAAUAAUAAUAAUAAUAAUAAUAAUAAUAAUAAUAUUGAAAUUGAGCUCAAAGUUCGUGAUUAUGAGCUUGAUCACUAUGGUGUCGUAAACAAUGCCACUUAUGCAAGUUAUUGCCAACAUGGUUGUUAUGAGGUCAUGGAAAGUGUUGGUGUAAGUUGUGAUAACCUUCUGCGCAAUGGGAAUACAUUGUUAGCAUUCUCAGAAUUGUCAAUCAAUUUCCAUUCACCUUUAAGAAGUGGAGACAAGUUUGUAAUGAAAGUUAAGUGUUCAAGAAUUUCAGCAGUGCGCUUGUACUUCGAGAAUAACAUCUUCAAGCUUCCCAAUCUAGAGCCUAUUUUGGAAGCAAAGGUGACAGCAGUUUGGUUGGAUAAGAAGUAUCGCCCUAGCCCUAUACCCAUGGAGAUCGUAACAUCUUUACUUGAUAAAUUUAUGAUAUAAUUACAUCAAAAAAAAAAAAAAAAAUAUAGAAGAAAAUUCAAAUAUUAUUAUUUUAUAAAUUAAUUUACAAUAAUGUAUAGUAAUUAAAAAAAAUUAAUAAAAAAUAAAUAUGAUCACAAUAUAGGCAAUAUAUGUGGGAAAUGUAUUAGAGUGUGUUUAAUAAAAAUUAUUCAUCACUGUGCAAUUAGUUUAAUUAUUUUCGAUGUUA